AGCUAAACGGAAAAGCAAAAAAGCUGGAAACGCGCCCAGACCAAUUAGCACCAUGAACAAGGAGUUUAUCAUGCAAGGCGGCACGCCCAUCACCAGCGAAUUGGCAACGGAACUGCGAAAGCUGGUCUUUGGCACCGCGGGCAUACCCAUGCGUGCCGAGUGGCUGCAGACGUCCUUUGUCUUUGGUGCUGCCGGGAAGGAGGAGCUGGCUUAUGGACUACGUUCUCCAAGGAAUGCUACGCGUGGCAUGCUGUCCGUGGUCCAAGGUUUCAUAUUGAAGUAUUUGCUGUUUGCACGUAAACCCAGCCGAGCCACAGCCACGAGCAAUCCGCUGAUGGCCACAGCUGAGAUGCAGCGAGAUGCGCUCUUCAAUGCUUUAAUUGAGAUAUUGCGCAUUAUAUCGGACAAGGGCAAGGUUACCAUGGUGCUGCCCUCUGAGGACGAGGUGUUUGUGGAUCACAGUGCCACCUACUUUCACGAUACGGUGACCGAAAAGCUGUACACCUUUACGCUCUCGCCCAACGAAGAACUGGAGCACUUUAUGAAGCGAAACUUUCAAUACUUUACAGAAGAGGAAACCCCGGGCACUCUGCUGUUUCUCUAUAGCGCUGUACUCACACGCUCAAUGGGAAAAGUACGCACGGAUCUGGAUUCGACUAAGUCGUCGCCUUUGACCAUGGGCAACCAUGAGGAGGGCUCAUUGAUGAUUGUCACCUUAUUAUUGACCGGGCGUGCCACGCCCUAUAUACACAAUGGCGUUAUCAACGUGGGCGAUGAGAACAGCUAUGCUGUGGCACAGUAUGGAGUACUGAAGCGUUGCAUGAUUGGGCUGCUGCUCUGGGACAUAGAAUCUGCAAGUGCUGCUGUCAAUCAGUCACGGCAACCGGGGUCUCGCUUGAAGACGCCGAACUAUCCCAUCUGGAUAACCAGCUGCACGGGGCACUACGGCGUUAUAUUCAAUCGUAAUCCGGAUCUGUUGAGGAAUUAUCAUGCCGAGUCACGUUUCGAUGUGAAUUAUUAUAGCUGUUCGGGUCAUCAGAUACUGAUGACAAUCGACAAUCGCACCUACAAUGAGCAGGCAUUGGUCAUGUUGGAGCGACAACCAAUCACACCGGAGAGCAGCUCGCAAACAGUUGGCAAACAGGCCAAAGAUGAGGCAAUCACGGCCGGUGGAGUUGCUGCUGCCGGUGUUGGUGUGGCUGGCGCUAGCGGCGGUGGUGUUGGUGGUGCUGCUAGUGGCGCUAGCGCUGGCAACGAUGUGGUCGCCAAGGAGGAGUCAACGCUCAACACGCCAUUGCAGCGUUUGAUUCAUACCAAGUGGGAAGAGGCAACUAUAAGCUUUCACGUGCAGCCAUCGAUGUUGAGUUAUCUUUUUAGUACCACACAGUAGAACCACAUUUCGAACAGCAAAUAAUCCAAUAAUCCAAUAAUCAAAGCAAUUCUUAUAUAACCUUUCUGGUCUUAUAUUUAACUGCAAUCAAAAAUUAUAUUUAUAUAGAGCAGUGACUCACUAAGGCAGUGCAUCUAGCUUGUUACGUUGUCUCUUGAAUCUAUGAUAUAAAUCGACUUUCUUGGCGAAUGACCAAUACACAACUCUCCACGAGUAAAUGCACUCAACCAAAUGAUUCCUAUAACUCUACCAGUACAUAUAUAUAUGUAUAUAUUAAUAUAUAUAUAUCUGGAGAGAAGUUGACGUUAACUUUUCACAGCCAGCCAAGUAAGUCUCUGCAAACUACGAACCGUAAGCAUUCAAGAAUAUUCUUAAAGCCUUUCCUAUAACGCCUAUGAGCAUCUCUAGUCUCACUGCUUAUCUAUGUAGACCCCAAACACAUACAAA